UGGCUUGUUCCAGGCCGAAGUAGCUGCUACUUUGAUGUGCGGUUAUAGCACAGCCGUGAAUCAUUUAACUGAUGUUGAAAUAGACAAGAUAAACAAACCAUAUCGCCCAUUAGCAUCAGGGGAGUUUUCUUUUGGAACUGGUCUCAUUAUCGCUGCAUCAUGUUUGAUACUGAGUUUUGGGAUUGGAUGGAUUGUAGGAUCACCUCCAUUGUUGUGGGCGAUUUCCAUCUAUUUUGUGAUGGCAACUGCUUAUUCGAUCGAUCUACCCCUGUUGAGAUGGAAGAGUAGUGCAGUGCUUGCAGCCGUGUGCAUUGUAGGUGUUCGUGGAAUAGUGUAUCAACUUGCCUAUUUUCUUCAUAUGCAGACCUUUGUGUUCAAGAGGCCAACUAUGCUUCCUAGAUCAUUGAUUUUUUCUACAGCAUUCUUGAGUUUCUUCACUUUAGUUAUAGCAUUGUUCAAGGAUAUACCUGAUCAUGAAGGAGAUGAAAAACAUGGCGUUAAAUCUUUGUCAGUGCUUUUGGGUCAGAAGAGGGUAUUCUGGAUUUGUGUUUCACUUCUUGAAAUGAUGUAUGGAGUUGCCAUUGUUGUGUGUGCGACAACAUCUUCCAACCACUGGAGCAGAAUGAUCACGGUUUCUGCACAUGCUGUUUUUGCUUCAGUCCUCUGGUAUCGUUCUAAGUCUGUUGAUGUGAAAAGCAUCUCUGCCACAAGAUCCUUCUAUAUGUUUAUCUGGAAGCUAUUAUACGCAGAGUACUUGAUCAUACCUUUUAUGAGAUAAGAAUGCAGUGUCAUUUUCUUUUCCUAGGAAAUGCUGCUCUCUCCAUCACUUCAG